AAUCAUACCUCAUUUUCAUUCGUGCUGUUUCCGAGUCACAGUUUCAGUUUCUGGGAACAAUCUCUUCGUUCAAUCGCUAACAACUAUUCGGAACUGUGGCUACUGAAUAAGUUUUUCAAUUUCGAAUUCUUUUGUUUCCAAUCGAACCUAGCAUAGUUUGUAAUCCGAAAUCCUAGGAUUAUUAUUCUUGUUGUUGUUGUUGUUGUUGGGUUGGAAUUUAGGUUAAUUUAGUUUGCGAAUAGCCGAAUACUAGAAAGGGUUAUUUAUUAUAUUUAUUAGGAACAAACAAUGGCAACUCAGUCUUCAGAUGGAUCUGUUUCGAGGUAUUCACUGAGAAAAAAAGUUAAUUCUCGGAAUUAUAUUGAUGUUUUGAUGGAUGAUGAUGACAUAUUUGAUGAUAAGUUGGAUGCUAGUUUGAAGAAGAACAAGUCCCAAGAAGAUCUGCAGAAAGAGGCUAACACCGAGUCUAUGAUUGCCUUUUCGCUCGGUUUCCCUAUUAAUGUUUUGCUUGAGAGUGAGAUUCGUGCUGGGGUUGUUGGAGAGUUGGGUGGGAAAGAGCAGAAUGAUUAUAUUAUUGUUAGGAAUCAUAUAUUGGCUCUUUGGAGGGGGAAUGUUAGGAGGUGGUUGACAAGGGGGCGGGUUAGGGAAACUGUGAGCAGUGAGUUUGUUCAUUUAGUAAAUUCUGCGUACGAUUUUCUUUUGUAUAAUGGGUAUAUAAAUUUUGGGGUUUUGCCAUCCUUUACGUCUCAGUUGCCUGAGACGACAAAAGGGUGUGUGGUUGUUAUUGGUGCUGGGUUGGCUGGGUUGGCUGCGGCGAGGCAGCUAAUGUCUUAUGGUUACAAAGUUGGGGUGUUAGAAGGUAGGAACCGUCCAGGCGGUAGAGUUUAUACGCAAAAGAUUGGAAAAGAGGGUACUUUUGCGGCCAUGGAUCUAGGAGGGAGCGUGAUUACAGGAGUUAAUGCUAACCCUUUGGCGGUUCUAGCACGCCAACUUUCAAUUCCUCUGCAUAAAGUCAGAGCGAAUUGCCCUUUAUUCAAACCGAAUGGGGAACCGGUUGAUAGGGAAAUGGAUUCAAGUGUUGAAUUUGUUUUCAAUAAGUUGCUUGACAAAGUUAUGGAGCUGAGGAAAAUUAUGGGUGGAUUUGCAAGUGAUAUCUCACUUGGUUCAGUCUUGGAGACACUUAAGAGUUUAUACGGUGUAGCUCAAAGUACUGAUGAAAAGCAAUUGCUCGAUUGGCAUCUUGCGAAUUUAGAAUAUGCAAAUGCUGGAUGUCUUUCAAAUCUUUCAGCUGCCCAGUGGGAUCAGGAUGAUCCUUUUGAAAUGGCUGGUGAUCAUUGUUUUCUUGCCGGUGGAAAUGGAAGAUUAAUUAAAGCUAUGUGCGAAGGAGUUGCUAUUUUUUACAGAAAAACCGUCAAUACUAUCAGAUAUGGAAAUGAGGGUGUUGAAAUUAUUGCUGGGGAUCAAGUCUUUCAAGCAGAUUUUGCAUUAUGCACCGUGCCUCUUGGAGUUUUGAAAAAGAAGGCCAUUAAUUUUCAACCUGAAUUACCUGCAAGAAAGCUGGAAUCAAUUGAGAGGAUGGGUUUCGGGCUUCUGAACAAAGUUGCUAUGGUUUUUCCACAUGUAUUUUGGGGGGAAGAACGGGACACAUUUGGAUGUCUCAACGAAAAGAGUCACGAUCGUGGGGAAUUCUUUUUAUUUUAUGGUUACCACACUGUUUCUGGGGGCUCAGCACUUAUUGCGCUUGUGGCCGGGGAAGCUGCGCAAACCUUUGAAACCACGGAUCCAUCCAUCUUACUUAAUCGGGUUUUGGCCAUUCUAAAAGGUAUUUUUCAACCUAAAGGCAUCACUGUGCCAGAUCCAAUACAGUCAAUCUGUACCAGAUGGGGAAGCGAUCCCCUUUCUUAUGGUUCAUAUUCACAUGUUAGCGUGCAAUCAUCUGGUCAGGACUAUGAUAUACUUGCAGAAAAUGUGGGAAAUCGACUGUUCUUUGCGGGUGAAGCCACUUGUAGGCAAUAUCCAGCCACUAUGCAUGGGGCUUUCAUGAGUGGCUUGAGAGAAGCUUCACGCAUAUAUCAGUUAACCCAUGUUCAGGAAGCUCAUCCUAAGAAGUCCCUGUCGAAGAAUAUAGGACAAAGCACCAACGUCUUACUUAAUUUAUUCCAGAGGCCCGAUCUAGAAUUUGGGAUUUUUGCUUUCGUAUUUGAUCUUUCAACAGAAGAUUUCCAGUCGAAGGCGAUUCUGCAGAUGACUUUUCAUGGUACUGAAGAACAUUAUAACGAGAUAUUAUACUUCUUUCCAGAUACCAUAAAGUUACCGUUGAAGCUUUACACCAUCAUAUCCCGCGAACAGGUGUAUCAAAUGCAGGAAAUGACAGGUGACGAAAAUAGGUUGUCAUAUUUGACUAAAAACCUCGGGUUGAAGCUGAUGGGUAUAAAUGCUUUACUCAUUGCUGGUAAAGCUGUAAUAGCUAGCAUUGCUGCCUUCCGAAAAAGCAGGACGUACCACACACUUAUCGCGCAUAGUUUGUAAAUGGGAGUGCUUGUUAUCCUGUCUUGCUUUGAAAUGUUGUACUGUAUGAAAUCUUGUAAUGGAACAAUAGAAAAUUUUAAUGGGAUAGGGAAAGCAUUAAUUUUCAGAGGGGUCCCCAAUCCCAUUGUAUCAUCUAUUGUAACUUUUUAUGUUGUUGUAGAGUUAGCAAUACCCCAACCCUGCUUGUAGUUGUGUCAUAUUUAUUUCGUUAAUUCCUUCAUUGGUUACAAUGCCAAGUCGGAGAAUAAUAUCAAAUUAUGUUCCUGGGUAUUAUGGUUUUGUUUGAUUCUUAUUGAAUUUGUU